CCACAAUAAGAUGAACAAUCAUGCAACAUAUGCGCUGAUCGCAAUUUUAGCAGCUGUUGGAAUCCUGUCCGUUCCUGACUCUUUUGCGCAGAACGUAGACGACGCGGUAAUCGAUAUAGAAGAGCUCGGCCAAACGCAGAUUCCGCUUACUCUGGAGACAGACAUGGAUCUCUACAGGUACGGCUCGGACAUACUGGUCACAGGCCACGUAGCAGAUGUAAGAUCGGAUCAGACUCCAGUCACGAUGUUUGUGACUAGCCCGGUGGGCAAUAUCAUAGAGGCAAGGCAGCUUGUUCCAAACAGUGACGGCAGCUUCGAGCUUGUCAUCAAAACGGACAGCAAUGCAUGGAGGCAUGACGGCACGUUUGUCAUCAGGGCACAGUACGGAGCGCCUUCAACGAUAAACGAGAUAUCGGUGAAACUGACCGGAUCUAUGAUAAUAGUUAAUGGGUAUGUGAUGCCAGCGAUAUGCGGCACGGAUGGGCUGGCUGAAGGCGAAGAGAUAUGCGUUCUGUACGAGAUCACAGGAGGAAGCAUGACCAGCGUAAAGGCAAACACAAAGGACGUCUCGCUACAAUUCGGCAUUGAUGCCACAAAGGACGGCCGGGUAAUGCUGUAUAUGUCUGAGGAUACCAUAAGCGGAAUCUUCCUUGUCUUCGUAGACGACCAAGAGUGGGACGAUGCAGUGAUUGACGGAAACGCCGUAACGGUAACGUUCCCAGCAGGCACAGAAAAGAUCGAGCUGUUUGGGGCAUAUGUAAUUCCAGAGUUCGGCACCGUCGCCGCACUGAUCCUGGCAGUUGCAACAGUCUCCAUAAUCGCAGUCUCUACAAGAUCACGGCUUGGGCUAGCUCCAAAAUACUAG